CGGGGCGGCUGCGGGCGGCGCACGGUGCCAACCAGGGCAGCCGGUACCGGGGACUGGGACAGGAGUGGGGACCGGGACCGGGACCGGGGGUCGGACCGAACAGAGGGGACCGGGGUAGCGCCAGGGAGCCCGGGAGCAGCGCUGUGCCAAGGGGACGGAGCAGGUGCCGAUACCGGCGGCGCAGCGUUAGGAUAACGAGUGCCCUCAGUGCCAGGGGCAGCGGGAGAAGAGGGAUCGGGACGGGGAGAGGGGGGUGUCCCCGGUCCCGACAGGCGGUGACAGGAGAGGGUAGAGGUCCCAGGACCAGAAUCGCGGCGUUAGGACCGGGAUAAGGGGGGGUCACGGUCCCGGAGCGCAGUGUGGGGAGUGGGUAGAGGAGCCGGUACUGGAGCGUGGGAUUCAGACGGGAAGGGAGAGUGAGAUCGGGGAGCGGGGUCAGGUCCCAGAGUCGGUCCCGGGGCAGCGCCAGGAGCCGGGUGCCCGGUGCCAGUUCCGGGGCAGUGCCCGGAGGGAAGUGUCGGUGUCUGGUGCCGGUGCCCGGUACGAGGGCUUCUCCCGAGGCUCGGGCUGUGUCGGGGACACCCCGGGACCGAGGUGCAGCGCCAGGCGAGGGGGUGCCGGGUCCGUGGGCACGGAAUCGGCGGCGGGGGGGCCAUCCCGGUGCCCGGGCGCUGCGCUCCGAGUGGGUGGCGGCACCGGCGAGAGGGCGCGGGUGGGGGGAACAGUCGUCCCGGGCGGCCGCGGAUCCCGCAGCGACGACGGGACCGUGGGUGUGAGAAGGAAACGGUGCCGACCCGCCCCUGGCACCGCGACCCUCUAAAAGCCCCGGGGCCGCCACACCGGGACCAUGCCCGCCCCGGCCGCCCGUGCCCCCGGCGACUGAGCGGGGCCCGCGGAGGCAGCGGGGCCCGGCGGGCGGGAUGCCCCGGUGGAGGCCGCUCGCCCUCGUCCUGCUCGUCCUCGCCGCCUGCCUGCUGGCCGCGCCGGUGCUGGGCUGCGGCCCGGGCCGGGGCCCGGUGGGGCGGCGGCGGCUGGGGCGGCGGCAGCUCUCGCCGCUGCUCUACAAGCAGUUCGUGCCCAACGUGCCCGAGCAGACCCUGGGGGCGAGCGGGAAGGCGGAGGGCAAAGUGCUGCGGGGCUCGGAGCGCUUCAGGGACCUGGUGCCCAACUACAACCCCGACAUCAUCUUCAAGGACGAGGAGAACACGGGGGCGGAUCGGCUCAUGACCGAGCGCUGCAAGGAGCGGGUGAACUCUCUGGCCAUCGCCGUGAUGAACAUGUGGCCGGGGGUGAAGCUGCGGGUGACGGAGGGCUGGGACGAGGACGGGCACCACCUCCCCGACUCGCUGCACUACGAGGGCCGGGCGCUGGACAUCACCACGUCCGACCGGGACCGCCACAAGUACGGCAUGCUGGCCCGCCUGGCCGUCGAGGCCGGCUUCGACUGGGUCUACUACGAGUCCAAGGCGCACAUCCACGUCUCUGUCAAAGCAGACAACUCGCUGGCCAUCCGCACCGGCGGCUGCUUCCCCGGCCACGCCACCGUGACGCUGCAGAGCGGCGAGCGCCGGGGCCUGGCCGACCUGCGCCGGGGCGACUGGGUGCUGGGCGCCGAGCCGGGCGGGCGCCUGGUGCCCACCGAGGUGCUGCUCUUCCUCGACCGGGACCCGGGCCGGCGCGCCUCCUUCGUGGCCAUCGAGACGGCCGGCCCGGCGCGCCGGCUGCUCCUCACCCCGUCCCACCUGGUCUUCGCCGCCCGCGGGGCCGCCAACGGCUCGGCCGCCUUCCUGCCCGUCUUCGCCCGCCGCGUGCGCCCCGGCGACGCCGUGCUGGCCCACGGGGCCGGCGGGAGGGGGCUGCGCCCCGCGCGGGUGCUGAGGGUCUCGCGGGAGGACGGCGUGGGGGUCUUCGCCCCGCUCACCUCCCGCGGGACCCUGCUGGUCAACGGGGUGCUGGCGUCCUGCUACGCCGUCCUGGAGAGCCACCGCUGGGCCCACCGCGCCUUCGCCCCGCUGCGCCUCUUCCACGGGCUCCUCUCGCUGCUGCCCGCCCGCGCCCAGGCGGCCAACGGGACGGUGCCCGAGGUGGGCAUGCACUGGUACUCCCGCCUGCUCUACCGGCUGGCCGGGGGCGUGCUGGGCCACGAGGCCCUGCAGCUCUAGGGGUGCCCGUUUCCCCCCCGGUCGCCGCACUGCGGGCGAUGCCGCGCGCUGGAAGCGAGAGGGCUCCGGCCCUGGGCACCCCUCGGGCCCAGGGAGGAGGGAUGGGGGCACCCCCAGCCAAGCGGGGAGGUUGGGGGUCUCUGGGCUCAGCGCUGCCCCAGGGAGUGGGGUGGUAGGGGUGGGAUCCAUGGGAUGGGGUGUCACGGGGUGUCACGGGGUGUCACAGGGUGGCUCAGCCCUGUCCUGUGUCCUGGACCCCCACCCAGCCCUGUCCCCGUGCCCCAGACCCCCGUGUGCUCCCCUGGUAUUUAUUGCUUUAUUAACCACUGCUGGGGCUGGGGCUGGUGUCUGUUAGGCACCACCAGACCCCAUCCCAGGGCCAAAUCCAGCCGGGGGGGUGGCUAAAUAGCUCAACACUGAGCACUUGGCAGCAGUUCCUGCCUGUCCUCCACCUCUGGGUCUGUCCCUGGCACUCCCCAGGGUGGCUGGACUGGGUGUCUGCUAUGGGGAGGGGGUGCCUGCCAUGGGCACAGGCAUCUCGUGCCAGGCCUGGCUCUAACUGUGCUAACUGCUAACCCGCCCUGCUUGAGAGUUUUAUUUUUCUAUUUAUAAAUGGUAAUAUAAAUGUCCCCCACGCCCACCUGCCCUGGCAGCGGGGCUCACCCCGUGGGGCAGGAGGGCAGCCUGCUUUUAACCACUUCUGUUUAAAAACCAAAAGAAAUACUGCUAUUUAAUUGUUCGGGGAAAUAAAGAGAUUCUACGGGCCCUGUGGAGCUGUGGCUGGGAGUGGGGGCUGCACAGUCCUAGGCUGGAGGUCCAGAGGGGUUGGAGUUGACUAUGCCAGGGGGCUGGGGGUCCCUAGGGCUGGAGUUGUGCCUCCUGAGUGGCUGGGGUAUCCCCAG